UUCAUGAAGUGUAAGUGAGAGUGAAAGCAUGACUGUGUUAGCAGCGGCUGUGGUGAGAUGGGUGGCGGCGGUGGUGGUGGUGGCGAGCGCGGUGCAAGCGACAAGUGUGGUGGACAUCGGACGGUGCAAGAACAGCUGCUCGUCGGUGCCUGAGGACCUGUGGCCAUCCUGCUGCGAAGUCCACAACACAUGUUGCCAGGAGUUCGCGGAGUCCUGCAUGCAUGACUGCCUGCCCCGAGUCCACACUGGUGACGUCAGUGUGGUAGAGGAGCGCCCCGGCAUGUGCUGUGCCCUGUACAACCUGUGCUGCUUCAGAGAGACAUUCAGGAUCUCCUCAUCCAAGACAACAAAGCAGGAGCCUGUCAGCUUCCCUAUCGUGCAUCGCUUCCAAGUCAAUUCACCAACCCCUGAACAGACCAGCAGAAUCCCUGGUAGCAAGCCUGCACCACGCCCAUCCUUCCAGCCAGCCCAACAAAACCAGAACUCACCCAGGAGGCCAACUCUCUCCAAGAAGCCAUUUAGACCUAGCCAAUCUGAAGGUUUCAAGAAGCUUCCUGAAGACGACAAUACUGAUGACUCAAAGAAGUCCAUAAGCCAUCCUAAAUUCUCCAGCCUCUUGAACAAGAAUGCAGCAGAGACCAGAGUGACCAGACGCCCCGCUGGUGUAGACAUCCGCCAGGAGGUGAUCGUCCCAGAGGUAUUAGAAGCAGAGCCCAUGGGUGGUUCCCAGCGCCUGGAUGCCUCCAUCAACCCUGUGGUGACACGGAAGAGGCUGCUGGUGAACCAUGAGCCUCGCCAACCAAGACUUCAGGUUGAGGAGUCUGAGCCUGAAGAAAGGGGACCAAGAGGCAGGAGGCUUCAGGACACCCCAUCACGUGAGGGCCGCAAGCUCAGUGGUGGACGAAGCACAAGUCGCCCAGCACCACCACAGUCAAGCCGACCAUCAGCACCAACACAGUCAAACCGACCAUCAGCACCACCGCAGUCAAACCGACCAUCAGCACCACCGCAGUCAAACCGACCAUCAGCACCACCACAGUCAAACCGACCUGCUGCAUCACAACAGUCAACCCGGUCACAGCCAGCAGCACCAGCAAUACCAGCAGUGCCAUCAACAAAAACACCAGCAAAGGCACCACCCACCUCACCUCAACCUGCUCAGGCUGAAACACCCAAAACAACAACUGAGGUGAAGCCAAGUGCAGCCCCAGCAACGGCAGAACCAGUGAAGGAGAGUGAGAGUCCUGAUGUUGAGGCAGAGGCUAGCGAAACAAUCGACACAAUAGUCAGUACAGUACAAGAAGCCUCAGACACACCAGCAAACCCCACACUGACAUCCCCAGCAGCAAAGGAAGGUGCUACUGCAGAGACAAACCCAGAAGCAGGUGAAGAGACAACACCAGAGAUACUAAGUGAACCAGCUGAGACCAAAACAGAGACCGACGCAGCAGAACCAGUCGAGACAGCUGCAAACACUGCCUUCACUCCUCCUGAGAUUGAGGUUGACAUCCCUGAGAUACCAAAAGUGACAAAUCCAAGGGCAGAGGAACCAGCUGCCACUAAGGAGCCAGCACAGGAAAGAGGCAGUACACGGUCCACUGGUGCAAGGGGACAGUCUCAAUCACGCAAUGAAGAGCCAACACAGGAAAGGAGCAGAACCACCAGCAGGGGACAGAAUGGGGACAGGACCACAUCUAGAACAGCUUCUCAGUCUACUGUGAGGGACAACACAGACACUGCCCACCAGUCUCAAGUCAGGGGGCGCUCCAGAACGAGAUCUUAAGGGAAAACUGUGGUGAAUGUUAAGGAAACAUUAAAAUUUACACAAACAUGGAAAUUAUAGCUUAGAUCUAAAUGUUUUCAGUGUACAACAUAUUACUUUCUAAACAUUUUACUAUUAUUAUUUUUUGUCUUAGUUAUUGUUGUAGAUAGUUGUGUGAAAAGACAAAACCUUUGGUGUGAUGUAUAGUGAGUGCCCUGUUGCAAGUUCAAUUCAAAGCAAGGCAAUUGUAUGUAUACAGAUACUUAUGUCAUUCCAGUUCAAAUAAAAAUCAUAAACCUU